AUGAAGAACCAGUAUUUUUGUGAAUUUUGCGAUAUUUUAUAAAACAAAAAAAAUCUAAUCAUUUUUUAAAACGACAUUGUAUUUGCUAUUGAGGAUAUUGAUUUAGCAUCUUCGCAGAGGCACAUUUUAGUAUGUCCAAUUAAGCACAUAGAAAACUCUAGUUAUUUAACUAGCAAUGAUCUCUAACUUUUAGAUGAAAUUCACAAAGUAUGCGAACAAAUUCUCUAAAAAAGUCAUCCUGGAAAAGAGUACAAAUAUGGCUAUCAUAUCCCUCCUCAUGUUUCAAUAGAUCAUUUACACUAUCAUGGAAUUGUAUUACCUAUUAGGGAUUAAUUCUUUGGAUUAAUUAAAUUUGGGAGGCUCUUAUAUCCAAUGUCGCACAUAAAAGAAUUGAUAUUACAAAAAAAUGUUCAGAAAGAAGAGUGA